AUGGCAAGGAAGUCAAAUUUGGUGGCGAUCAUCGGUGAAGAUAGUUUCCAAAAAUUGCGGUCUUCAAGAUGUCUCUUAGUCGGCGCUGGAGGUAUUGGCUCUGAACUAUUAAAGGAUUUAAUCUUAAUGGAAUUCGGUGAGAUUCAUGUCGUCGAUUUGGAUACUAUUGACCUGUCUAACCUAAAUAGACAGUUUCUUUUCCGACAGAAAGAUAUCAAGCAACCGAAAUCUACCACAGCUGUAAAGGCAGUUCAACAUUUUAAUAACUCUAAACUGGUGCCCUAUCAAGGAAAUGUCAUGGACACUUUUACUUUCCCUUUGCAUUGGUUUGAGCAAUUCGACAUUAUUUUCAAUGCCCUUGAUAACUUGGCUGCAAGACGUUACGUCAAUAAAAUAUCUCAAUUUUUAUCACUGCCCUUACUAGAAUCUGGGACAGCUGGGUUUGAUGGCUACAUGCAGCCAAUUAUUCCUGGGAAAACUGAGUGCUUUGAAUGCACAACAAAAGAAACACCGAAGGCAUUUCCAGUAUGUACUAUCAGAUCGACCCCUUCCCAGCCAAUACAUUGUAUUGUUUGGGCCAAGAAUUUUCUGUUCAACCAGCUAUUCGCCUCAGAGGUUUAUACUGAUGAAGACAAUAACAAGGAUUGGGGUACAGACGAUGACGAAGAAAUUAAGCGUAUCAAACAAGAAACUAAUGAAUUGCAUGAAUUGCAAAAAAUCAUAAUUUCCAAGAACGUAUCGCGUAUCCCGGAGAUCCUUCAUAAAUUAUUUAUUCAAGAUAUAAACAAAUUGUUAGCUAUUGAGAACCUAUGGAAAACAAGAACGAAGCCAGUACCAUUGUCACUCUCUCAGAUAAAAGGGUCUAUGAAUACAAGUAAAUUUGACUCUAACUCUAUUGGAACAAUACAGGAGCAAAUUAGCCAUUUCAUCAAAAUCACUGAACAAUUGAUGGAUCGCUAUGCCCGAGAAGAAAACCAUAUUGAGUUUGAUAAAGACGAUGUUGAUACUUUGGAAUUUGUUGUUACAGCGGCAAACAUAAGAUCUCAUAUUUUCAACAUUCCAAUGAAGUCUGUGUUCGACAUUAAGCAAAUCGCAGGUAACAUCAUUCCGGCCAUCGCAACAACAAAUGCUAUCAUUGCCGGUUUGUCAUCUUUAAUCUCAUUACGAGUUUUAAAUCUUCUGAAAUACGCCCCAGUCAACAAUUACACUGACUUAAAUAUGGCUUUCACAGCAAAGGCAAGCAAUUUAUCCCAAAAUCGCUAUCUAUCAAAUCCAAAACUAGCAUCAUCAAACUGUAAUUGCCCUGUAUGCUCCAAAGUUUGUAGAGGGGUCAUCAAAUUAUCUUUCGAUUCCCUGAAGAAACUGAAAUUAUCUCAUCUGAUAGGUUUGAUACGUGACAAAUAUGAGUAUCCGGAGGAUAUCUCGUUACUGGACGCAAGUAAUCAAAGAUUAUUGGCAGAUUAUGAUUUCGAGGACUUAAAUGAUCGCACUCUAUCCGAAGUUAAUCUGGAAAAUGGCUCUAUUAUAUUAUUUUCCGAUGAGAACGAUGAUACGAUGGUUCGUAAAUCCAUCGAAUUAUAUUUGGAUGUUAAUGAUAGAUUCCCUUGCGAUACAUGCAAAUUACCGGAUGUUAGGGUUCCAUUAGUGGCCUCUACUGAUGAUUUAUCAAAAAACGAAGAGGAUGAAGAGAAAGAGGAAGAUAAAGCCGUUGGUACCACUGAUAAUAACAAAGAGAAGGAUGGAAUUGUAAUACUUGGUGACGAUGAAAGUGACAUUGUGAUUGAUACUGAACCCUCAAAUGAUUCAAAGAAGAGGCCGGCCGGCAUUCAGGAGCUUGGCGAACCCAGCAAUAAAAGGAAAAAGUUAGCAAAUGAUCCGGUCAAUUUCGAUCUUGUUGAGCUAGACUAA